AUGCUUGAAUACGCCAUCAGAACGGUCCUACGCCAGGCCCGCCCAGAUAUGAUGGUAAUGUUUGGCUUUGAGUUUGCCGUCCUUACAAUACUUUCCACUUCAACAAUGGCUAGAUACGCCCUUUCUUUAGUCGAGAUAUACAUCACUCGACAGCAGAAGCGGGCUAAAUUGUUGGAACGACGAGCGGAGAUUCGUGCAGAAAGAGAACAGAUGAUCCGUCAACGGGCUGCCUUGGGGGCGGCCACUCCAAGUGUAGAAAAUCUGCCGACCGAGGACGAUAUAGACGAAAUGGAGCUUGACGUUUCCGGGUGGGAGGAGAAGGGUCGAUGGGUGUUCUAUCUCGACCUUAUAACUGACUUCCUAAAAUUAGUGGUGUACCUCUCCUUCUUCGCAAUCCUGUUCACCUUUUACGGACUCCCGAUCCAUAUCCUCAGAGAUGUCGUCAUGACGAUGAGGUCCUUUGCCAAACGUAUUAUCGACUUCAUUCGAUAUCGGAACGCUACCCGGGAUAUGAACCAGAGAUAUCCAGAUGCCACUGCGGAGGAGAUCGCGAGGGAGGACGUCUGUAUCAUAUGUCGUGAGGAGAUGCAACCAUGGGUACCGGCCCCGGCAGCAAACAACGCAGCUACCCCUGUCCGGCCGGCGAGACCCAUUCCAGAAAGAUUACGGGCUAAGAAGUUGCCGUGUGGCCACUUACUUCAUUUUGCCUGCUUACGAAGCUGGUUAGAGCGGCAGCAAAAUUGCCCGACUUGUCGACAACCAGUUGCAACGGGAGCCCGAGGAAAUAUUAGGCCUUUUGUAGGGCGUGGUGUGGCUGCGGGCGGACAGAGAGGCGGAGACCAGCAACAAGGUGCUAAUGACGCAGGUGGUGCAGGCGGCGAGAACAGAGGCCGGAUGUGGUUUCUUAACUUUGGCCCUCUCCGCAUCGGAUUUGGGGCUGGCCGUGGUGAUAUGUUACAGAAUGUCGACUUGGCUCAAGGCCAGGGCCAGGGCCAGGCCGCACAGGCACCGGCUGCAAAUCAAAACCCGCCUGCGGGACAAGCGCCACGAACAAGCUUUGGAUUCGGAACCGGCCGUCCCCCUGCCCCAGCAGCCACACCUGUACUUACUCCCGGCGCCGAUUUUAAUCACCGUGAUGUUCAACAGAUCGUUUACCAGCUCGAGCAGCAGGUGAGCCAAGAGAUAAACAACCUUAUGAACACAGCGGAUCAACUACAGAUCAUACGGACUUUACAUAACGAAUUAGCCCGGCUUCGUGGACCGCCAGCCAACCCACCCAAUAACAUAGGGGCUGGCUCUGGACCGUCAACAGCCCAGCCAAACACCCCUCAGACACAGCCUCUCACGGGACGGGCUUUUCCGUCUGGGACAUCGGCUAUAACCACGGUAACCCAGCGCUACGUUGCGUCAAACCCUCAAUAUAACUCGAUACCCUCUGGCGAUUCACGCUUACCUGAAGGGCUUACCAUUCCCCAAGGAUGGACGCUAGUACCCAUGUAUCGCCUUCAACAAGCUGGCCAAUCAGGAGAUCUGCAUAAUGCCACAACACCCAACGCAGGUGCAAGCGGCGCAGGUGCCUUGUCGCCCUCAUCCACGUCUCCUCAGCCGCCAUCUUCAAGUCUUUCUCCCCUUCUCAGCCCCAAUCCCACCACACCCACGCCAACAACGCAACCAUCCUCCCAACAACAGGAGAACAACAUAACCGGUGUCAGGCCCUCAAGUUCGCCAGAUUUCUUGAGGCCUAAUACGACCUAUCGGCCCCCAACCGUAUCCACUACGCAGGACCCUUCCCCUGGCGCAGCUACCUCAACAGCUGCCACAAAUGUAUUACAACAGCAGCAGCAAAGUUCACCCUCUAGGGCUUCUCCGCUUCAGGAAACGUCUGAAGAGACUAGGCCACUCUUCAACAGAUUUUCGGCACCGAAGUCCCUUGAAGAAGACGAGGAUGAGGAUGACGAUGAGGAGGAUGACGAAGAAGACGAAGAAGAGGAAGACGAAGACGGAGAGGAAGGUGAAUAUGAUGACGGCGGCGCUGAGUCAAAUGGUCAUACCAUAUCUGGCUCCUCACCAACUAAAGGGAAGGGUCGAGCUGUUACAGUUGAAGACGAGGCAGAUUCUGAAUGA